AUGACGGCGGCCCAGCCACUGCAGCUCGUCGCCGGCAGCUCCUUCACCUUUAACCUCGCUCUGCGCCACGUCAGCGGCCUACCGGCUGGCGAUGGCGGCGAUCGCGGCCUGGCUGUCAUUAGCCUCGACGGAGCCGACAUGGUCACACACACUCAGUUUGUCGAGACCGGCUCCUACAUCGUUACCGCCGCAGCCCCGACUGUCGCCGGCGUCUACCACUACAGGCUCGGCGUCAACGGCAGGCUCUUCAUCAACGGCAUGGUCACCGUCGACGCCGUGGUGAGCCCCGGUCCCGCCGCCGGCCCAGGCUCGUACCUCGUCGACGCGCCACUGAGCGGCACCGUGCUGCUAGAGACCGACGUCGCUGCGCAGUUUGCCAUCUUUAUCGGCGACGCGUACGGCAACCCGGCAGCCACCAUGCCGACCGCCUCCGACGUCGACAUUGUGCUGCAGCUCGGCAUCGCCACCAUCACCAUCUCCGACUUUAGCCUGGCAAACGGCGUGCUGACCUUUGACCUCAAGGUCACCGAGGGCGGAGCGUACACCCUGCUUGUCCGCCUCUUCGGCAAAGACAUCCGCGGCUCGCCCUUUGUCGUCAACGCCGCCGAAACCUGCUUGCCCGGCACCGCCAUCGCCGAGGGUGGGCUCUGCGCAGACUGCGCCGCUGGCACCUACUCGGACGCCGUCAACGUCGUGGCCUGCUCCGCCUGCCCCGAGUUUACAACCUCGUCCGCGAGCGCGACCUCCUUCCUCAACUGCUCCUGCCUUCCCAUGUUCUGGUACGGCCCGGGCCCGCGCGCUCCCGGCAAGGCGUGCAUUCCGUGCCUCGCCGGCGCACAAUGCGCGGGCGGCGACGAUCCGCCGAGAGCCGCCCCAGGCUACGAGGCCUCGGACGACCGCAGCGCCUUUGUCGCAUGUCCGCGCCCGCAGUCGUGCAUCGGAGACGGCCGCUGCGCCACAGGCUACCAGGGCCGGCUCUGCGCCCAGUGCGCCUCCAACUACUACCGGCUCGGCAACACCUGCCGCAAGUGCUCGGGCUCAAAUGCCCUGGUCUUGGUCGUGCUGCUCGCCAUGGUGUUUGCCUUUGUCGUGGCCGUCGUGUGGAUCAACAACCGCAACACAAAGAUCUACGGCUACGCCGCCUUUGUCAUCGCCCUCAACACGCUGCAGGCCGUCGCCAUCUACGGCACCAUCCAGCUCGACUGGCACCCGAUAGCCCAGGCUGUCUUUGACAUUGUCUCGCUCUUCAACCUCAACUUUGAUCUCGCUUCGCCCGAGUGCGGCCUGGACGUCGGCGACGUGUGGAUGUUCAAGUGGGCCGCCACCAUGCUCAUGCCCAUCGUUCUCAUCAUCCCGUUCUCCAUGGUGGCCCUCGCUUUCACCGCCUGGCUCAUCUGCAGCCUCACCCGCAGCAAGCCGCGCAGAUCCUACAUGGCCUGCACCCGCCAGGCCUUUGGCGCCGCCGCUCGCGGCUACUCGCAGACCAUCCUCCUCCUCUACCUGCCUGUCAUGUUCUCUGCCCUCCGCUACGUCGACUGCACCGAUGUGGGUGGUGGUAUAGUCGUCAUGACCACAAAUCCGCAGCGCCGCUGCUACACCAGCUCGUGGUGGUCGCUCCUCCCGCUCAUCCUCUCGAUCGCCCUCUUCUACGCGCUCUCCAUCCCGCUGGCUCUCGGCGCCCUGCUGUGGCGCGAACACGCCCGGCUCGACGACCUAACCUUUGGCUCGCGCUACGCCUAUCUCGUCGCCCGCUACAAGCCGCAUCUCUACUGGUAUGAGCUGAUGAUCAUGGCCCGCAAGCUAGCGGUGGCGCUGGCCGUCUGCGCCAUCCGAUCGCCCGUGGCCAAGGCCUCGCUGCUCGGCAUGUUCUACGCCUGCGUCCUCGUCGUCUCCGCCAUGUUGCAGCACCGUCCCUAUGGCACCGACUUUCACAACUGGCUCGACGCCGUCACCCUCGGCCUCUCGCAGCUUCUCCUGUGGGGCGGCGUCAUCACCUCCUCGCCACUCCUCGGCAACUUGGUGGUCAUCGCCUCCAUCAGCGCCCUCGUCGUCGUCGUCAUCGGCGCUGUCCUCUACGAGGCCUAUCGCAUUCGGACCCAGGACGAGGCAGAGGCCGACUUUGCCGUGGCCGCCGCCACCGCAACCGCCACAGACACCUCUGCUGCCGUCUUUGACUUUGGCGACCAGGCCCUCGAUGAGUUCACCAUGGCCGACUCGACGCUCGCCACGCUCCGCACGGGCUUCACGCGGUGCGUGGUGCGGUUUGUGGGCGCCACGCACUUUGGCCUCGGCGAGUGGAUAGGGGUGGAGACCCGCGAGGGACGCGGCUCGGGCGACGGAUCGGUCGACGGACGGCGGUACUUUACCUGUGCCGGCUUUGGUGUCCGCAAUGCUCUCUUUCUCAAGUCCUCGGCGCUGGCCUUUGACGCGUCGCUCUCACUCUAUCGCCUCUGGCGCAACCGCCGCGUCGAGUAUCGCGGCGCUCCGGGCUGCCUCGUCUGGCUCGGCUACCAGCAGCAUCCCGACUCUGUCGACUCUGCCCUGCUUGGUGCGGUUGGCGCUGCCUCUGCGGGUGCUGGCGGUGAGGAUGGUGAUGUCCCGCAUCGGCUCCUUCUCGGCAUCGAGCUCGAUGAUCGUGCUGCCGGCCAUCACGGCGGCCGCAUCUGCUUUGACUAUGACGAUGCGCUGGUUGACGACGCCAUUGCUGCCUUUGACGACGGCGGCAUGGACGCUCUGGGCCCGUCCUCCCGCCGGCCGGCCGGCCACUCCACCCAUGCCUACGACGACAAGCCGGACAACUCCUUCCGCCCUGACCUCGUGCUCUCGGCAGCCGACGAGUCGCUCGAUCUCGCAGCGGACGACUCGGACAAGGACCUCGUGCUCUCGGCAGCCGACGAGUCGCUCGAUCUCGCAGCGGACGACUCGGACAAGGACCUCGUGCUCUCGGCAGCCGACGAGUCGCUCGAUCUCGCAGCGGACGACUCGGACAAGGACCUCGUGCUCUCGGCAGCCGACGAGUCGCUCGAUCUCGCAGCGGACGACUCGCUCGAUCUUGACGGCUCGAACGCCUCGGACGAUGACCUUGUCCUCUCGGCAGCCGAUGAUGACCUCGCCCUAGACGGCUCGGACGAGCUCGACCUCGGCCUGGGCCUCGGCCUCGGGUCAGACGACGACGAGCUCGGCCUCGGAUCGGACGACCUCGAUCUCGGCCUCGGCUCAGACGACGACUUGUGCCUCGGCUCGGACGACGACGACCUCGACCUUGACGACCUGUAGACAGAGCAUUGAAGCAGACGCAGAG